UCCGGCCGAAUUCUUGGUGGCCUUUGGGAUGAAUUUUGGUUAUGGCAAUUGGAUACUUAGAAGGGAAUAUCUAGAUUUGGGGAUAAAUGGUAUCAGGAUGUGGCAUUUGUGGAAACAAAGACUUGGUCCGGUAAGUCCAUCAAAAUGAAUAUGAAUCAUAUGAUAUGAUGCAAUCCCUUCAUUCCAAUUCCAAUUCCAAUUCCAAAUUCACACCUUUGAUGAUGGCGAACGCCAGGGCCAUUCUUUCCCUCUUACAAGGAUGUAACAGCAUGAGAAAACUUCACAAAAUUCAUGCACACAUCCUCAUCAAUGGCUACCAGCACAACCCCUCCAUUUCUGAGAAACUCCUCAACUUCUGUGCCGUUUCUGUCUCUGGUUCCUUGGCCUACGCUCAACUUGUCUUCCAUCGUAUUCACAACCCACAAACCCCUGCUUGGAACUCCAUGAUCAGGGGGUUUUCUCAGAGCCCAUCUCCUCUCCAAUUACAAGCCAUUGUUUUCUACAACCACAUGCUUUCAGCUUCCCAUGCUAGGCCCGACACUUACACUUUCUCAUUCCUUCUUAAGGCAUGUGAAGAGGCUAAAGAAGAGGGAAAAUGCAGAGAGGUUCAUGGAUUCAUAAUUCGAUUUGGGUACGACCAAGACGUGGUUUUGUGCACAAACCUCAUCAGAUCCUAUGCUGGAAAUGGAUUGAUUGAGACUGCACAUAAGGUUUUCGAGGAAAUGCCUGCAAGAGAUUUGGUUUCUUGGAAUUCGAUGAUUUCAUGCUACUGUCAGACAGGUUUGCACGAGGAGGCAUUAAAAAUGUAUGAUCAGAUGAGAAUUUCUAAUGUGGGGUUUGAUGGGUUCACACUUGUUAGCUUGCUUUCGUCCUGUGCCCAUGUGGGGGCCCUGCAUAUGGGAGUCCAAAUGCAUAGGUUUGCUGGUGAAAGGAGACUAGUAGAAAAUAUUUUUGUGGGCAAUGCUCUGAUAGAUAUGUAUGCCAAAUGCGGCAGCUUGGCUAGUGCUCUUUCCAUCUUUAAUUCGAUGCCUAAGCGCGAUGUGUUCACUUGGAAUUCGAUGAUUGUAGGGUAUGGAGUGCAUGGGCGUGGGGAUGAAGCAAUCACUUUCUUUGGAAGCAUGUUGAUGGCAGGAGUCCGGCCAAACUCCAUCACAUUCCUUGGUUUGUUGUGUGGUUGUAGUCACCAAGGCCUGGUUAAGGAGGGUGUUCAAUAUUUUCACAUGAUGAGCUCUGAGUUCAAUCUCAAGCCUGGAAUCAAGCAUUAUGGGUGCAUGGUGGAUUUAUUUGGACGUGCUGGAAAGUUAAAGGAGGCGCUUGAAGUCAUCAGGAGCUCUCCUUCUCAACAUGAUCCAGUUCUGUGGCGAACCCUGCUAGGUUCAUGCAAGAUUCAUAGAAAUGUGGAAAUAGGAGAAAUGGCCAUGAGGAAUCUGGUUCAAUUGGGAUCUCUAGGCGCAGGUGAUUGUGUACUUCUCUCUGGAAUAUAUGCUGAAGCCAAAGACUUGCAAGGUGUUGCAAGGAUGAGAAAAUUGAUUCAAAGCCGAGGAAUAAAGACGACCCCAGGUUGGAGCUGGAUUGAAGUUGGCGAUCAAGUUCAUAGAUUCGUAGUGGACGACAAGUCUCAUCCUGAUUCCAGAGAAAUUUAUCGCAAAUUGGAGGAAGUAAUCCAUAGAGCCUCCUUGGUGGGUUAUGCAAUGGAGGAGUCAUCUCUAGUGGCAGCGCCUGAGUCCAACACCCAAGAGUACUGUUGGGAGACUUCCACUUCAUACCACAGCGAGAAGCUGGCAAUUGCGUAUGGGCUGGCAAGAACUCCAGAAGGAACGAGUCUUCUGAUCGUCAAGAAUCUAAGAGUUUGUAGAGAUUGCCACAACUUCACAAAGUUUGUCUCUAUGGCAUUUGAUCGAGAAAUAAUUGUCAGGGACCGAGUUCGGUUCCAUCACUUCAAGGGUGGACAUUGUUCCUGCAAAGAGUUCUGGUGAUAGACAGCUUCAUCCCUUUCCAAUGAAAAUACACAAAAAUCAGAAGGCAAGCUUGAAGAUGGUACUCAGAACAACAAUGGGUUCUGGGCUGACCGGUUGUGCAACUCAGUCGUCUUCGCCUUUAGGCUCCACAUCCACAACUACUGCAGCAGGAUCUCCUUCCUUUGGCGUUGGAAGCUCUUCGUUUUCCCAUGUUGGUUGGUUUCGUCAUCCGCAAACUGCUUAUAAUCCACGAAGGGUAACCCUUACGAUCAACAAAGGCAGAAACCUGAUUUUGGAGGCUCUGGGUCAACUUCCAAUCAAUCUGAAAGUGCAUGUCAACAAACAAAUUCUGAUUUUGGGAGCAGUUCAUUUGGACCUCACAUUACAUCAUCAACAUUUGGAAGCACAGUUUUUGGAAGGGCAGGUAUUAGUGAUGAACACAGAGGAAGUAGAAUAGCACCUUAUGCUACAACAGCUGAGGUAGAUGGGGCCAGUUUUGAACAACCUGCUGGAAGCUGAUGUCGGUAUCCGCCAUACCCAUCUACAGAGACAAAAACCACAAAGAACUAAGAUGAGAGGGAGGACUAUCAAUUGGGAGAUAAAGGUGGGUCUAAUCCAUACAAAACACCAAACUUUGGCUCAGGAGGGCCAUGUGGGGCUUCAACCGUGUCUGCUUUUGGAACUUCAAGCAUGCCUGGAUUUGGAUCUUCAAGCAGGCCUCCUUUUGAGGCUUCUAGCACCCUAGCAUUUGGCUUUUGUUCCACUCCAUUAUUUGGCCAACCCACUUCGACAUUUGAUGUCAAUGCAGUUGGAGCUAAUUCAUUUCCCUAUGGGACACAGAGUUCCCAUUUUGGACCUCAGAUUACAGCAUCAACAUUUGGAAGCAUGGGUUUUGGAAAGCUAGCUUCUAGUGAUCCAUCUGGAGGAAGUAGAAUGGCAGCUUAUGCUGCAAUAGCUGAAGUAGAUGGAACUAAUUUUGAACAACCUGCUGGAAAGCUGAAGUCAAUAUCUGCUGUACCCAUCUACAGAAACAAAAGCCAUGAAGAAUUGAGGUGGGAGGACUAUCAAUUGGGAGAUAAAGGAGGGCCUUAUGGGGCUUCAACUGUGUCUGCUUUUGGAUCUUCAGGCAUGCUUGCUUUUGGGCUUUCUAGCACCCCAGCAUUGAGAUUUGGUUCCACCCCAUCCUUUGGCCAAUCAAGCAAUGCAUUUGUUGGCAGCUCAGUUGGAACUAAUCCAUCUUCUUAUGGAACACAGAGUUCCCAUUUUGGUGACUAUUUCCUGCAUUUCUUAUUGUUUAUGCAGUUACAGUUGUUAAAUUUCUUUCAAGAAGCAUCAAAUUUCUGAAUCUAGCAGUUUGUAUCACAUGCUUUUGUUUUUUCCUAUAAAUAAGAAGCAUUUUUUUAUCCCUUAAACUUUAAUGCAGGACCUUAGACUACAGAGUCAACAUUUGGAAGCACAGGGUUUGUAAAGCCAACUUUUAUUGAUCAACAUGGAGGAAGUAGAAUAGCACCUUAUUGUCACAGACUUAGUCUUUUCCUAAGCUCGUGCGGCACUUAGACAAGCCAAGACCCUUGAUCUUGCUAAGUCAGCCUUACUCUCAAUGCUUAGUUUGCUAGGCUAAGACGCUCACAACUCGGAAGCUUUAGAAGGCGUAGUAGGCAACUCUUAAAGAAUGGAAGCUUUAUUGCUUUCAAAGGAAACUAUACAAUGCUUAGAAGCUCACUUGCUUGGUUAGGAAGUGAUUUGGGUGGUGCCUUGGCCAAAUGAAACCCUCACCUAUUUAUAGACACCAAUGAAACUCUCUGGAACCUUAGAGGGUUCCUUACAAAUCAAGAAGAUUCUAGAAUGCCCUAUACAAUUCUAUGUACAACCCUAUGUACAAGAGAUCUCUAGAAUUCUCUAUAAAGCCUUGAACUCCUCUCAUGCCUUCCACCAUAGUGUAGAGAUGUGUGGACAUCUCUAGGCAUCUCUAGAAUCUUCCACACUCUUCCCUCCAAUGGCUUAGUGUAGAUGGCUCCAGGAGUCUCUAGAAGCUUCCUGGGCUCUAUAUAAACCCAUGAGGAGGCUCAUUUGAAGCAUCCUGCGACAUUAUGCUGCAACAGCUGAAGUAGAUGGACCUAGUUGUAACCAACCUGCUGGAAGGUUGCAAUUAAUAUCCGUCGUACCCACCUAUAGAGACAAAAACCAUGAAGAAUUGAGGUGGGUGGACUAUCAGUUGGGAGAUAGAGGUAUGCUUUACUUGGAACUACAAAACAUGCACACAUAUAGAUUGUAUGGUUCUUCUCAAAAAUGAAUUUGUUGAUUUAUUUUUAUAAUUGCACAUUUAGGUUCAGUCUUGCUACUCAAUCUGUGGGUAGGAUUGGCUUUGGAGGUUCCAUGACAAAGUCAAGCCCCUUGGGUCCUUCACCUACAUUCAGUCUAUCAGCUAUAAAUCCUUUCUCCUGCUCAACAUCUUCCAAUCCCCCUAAAGACACCUGCUUUUGCUGCUUCAGGGUUUGGACCAUCAUUAAUUCUGCCAUUCAGUUCAUCACCUUUUAAUGCAUCAUACACCACAAACCCUUUUUGGACAGUAUCAUCCUCAUCUGCCAUACCUUAUGUAUUUGAAGCUAUAUCAACCCCUACAUUUGAAACCAGUACUUCUCCACCACUUAUCAGGGUCACUCUCUCACUAGAAAAACAAAAGGAACUUCCUUUAGCUUCUUUGCCAGGGGAGUUCCCCUGGACCCCCUUUUGUCACAGGGCUCCUAUAUAAAAGUGUCUGGAACUACUUUAAGACCCGUUCCUGCCUCUUUUAAGAGUCACUCACUCUAGAUUUAAUCAGUAUUUUGUCAGUUAAAAAAAUUAGUUUAAGUUUAAUCGUAUAGUGACAAGAGAAAUAACUUAUUCGAAAAGAAGGGACCCCUUGGUUAAAGGCCGAAAGAUACUAUAUCCUUUAGACUCUCGAGGAGCGCUACAUUUAUAUAGCUCUUAGGCGUGGGCGCCAUCAUCUUCUAUCUUUAGUCAUGCUUCAGCUCCAGGAGCGACUCCAACAUUUACCUCUGGCUUGAGUUAUUCUAGCACCCAAUCAUCCUCAUUGUUUCUGUCUGCACCAUUGCUUGGGUAGACAAAUGCUACCUUAGGACAAACUGCUUCCACACUUGGGCAGGGAAUUGCCCCUUCCUUGGGUCAAUCAAAUAUAUUGGGCAUAAGAUCAACUGUAUUGGGGCAGAACAUGUUUUUGAGCACACCACCACUGCAUCCUACAAGCAAUGAAGUUGGUUUUAGUCAGAAAACCAUAAGUAUCAGAAAGUUCAUUUAUUUUUUGUAUGUCAAGCGAAAUAAUGGAAGUAUGGAAGUAAUCUAUAUCAAUUUAUUAUUAUUAUUGUUGAUGUCAAUAUCAUCAUUAUCAUUUUCAAUCUGCUAUCUACACAUACAGUCCUCUCUCACUACUCUUCAGCCAGUACAAGUUGCUCAAACCGAUGGUACUUCUAAUACCAACUUUGGUCAGACAUCAGGAGGUGUCACAAAUGUUCUUGGUCAGGGUACCUUUGGUCAACUUUCUACCACCCAGGAUGCUGUGGUUGUACAGUCAUCACCUGUUGUGAACCCUUUUGGAACUCUAGCUGCAAUGCCUCAGACAUCAAUUGUUCGCCAUGGAUCCACGGUUAUCCAAUAUGGAAUUUCUAGCAUGCCUGUGGCUGACAACCCUGUGCCAGCCAUAGUUUCAUCCUUACUGACUUCUCGGCACUUGUCAAAGAGGCAGUUCAAGUUGCAAGCCUAAAGGUGAUGAUCAAAAGGUGAGAAUCAUUAACAUAACUCGGGGAUUCAUAUAGACAUGGAGAAUCCAAGAGAAUUGAUCUUUGGCCCCACCAAACAGUGGCCUACAAGGAGUGAAGAGAGAGUGUCUCUCUUGAAGGAUGCAUCUACUUUUGUGCAUGAUAACGGAAACACUCGAGUGGUGGAAACAAUGCUCAAGCGUUAGAACCACUUAAGCGCUUAUCCAACGCUCAAGUGCCCAAGGUGCUCAAGCGGUCGUCUUGAACCUGCCAAAAUAUGGCAGAUUUAUUUCACGAGUAUUAGCUCUAUAUUAACCCUCCUUUAACCCAUUUAGGGUUGGACACUUGCCCUAUCAUUCCCAAUCUCUCAAGAAAGAUUCAAUGCUUGAAUCUUGGGUUGUUAGAAGACUUGCAUCCUUUCAAGUAAUGUGUCCUGCUUUGAUUAUCCCUAUUAUCUCUAUCCAGUUCUAAAUACUAGUAACCAUGUGUGCAUUUGGAGCAGAAAAGGAAAUGGAGGGGAGAGUUCAUUAGUCAUAAGAUAAGGCUAAUGAGGCUAUGACCAUGCAUGAUCAUUCAGCUGAUGUGGAGUGGCUGAUGCCAAAACUCCUUCACACUGACUACUACACUGAGCCUACAAUCCAGGAAUUGGCAGCAAAAGAAAGGGCAGAACCAGGGUUCUGCCACCGUGUGAAGGACUUUUGGUUGGACGCCGUGGCUAUGGAUGCAUCUAGUUUUCUGGAGAGACAUUCAGGGGCUUGAUCUUGAAUCCCUUGUCCAGUUUAACAAUCGAGAGGUGCUGAGCGUGUCCUAUGAUCCAGUCAGAGGGGAGUGGAAAUUUUGAGUUCCAGCACUCGAGUAAAUACUGCUUUUGGGUUUGUGAUAUUUGAGAAAGAAGCUAUGGGAUGGUUUUAGCAAAUUGGUAUUUUUCAGUUGUAGCCCUUUUGGGCAUGUGUCUGACUCUGACCCCCCAUCUUUUAUUUCCUACAGUUCCCUUUGUGUAUGGUUUUUAUUUUCUAGGAAACAGGUCUCUCAUUGUUUGUUUUGCCUAUGGUUUUUGUUCUCUAGCAAGUAUAUUCAGAGGCGUCUAUCAUUUGGAGGUCCAGUCAGAUCACCGAUGUGAUGAUGUCUCUCUCAUUUGGUCCAUGCAAUUCGCCCAAAUGAUUACAUGUAUUACGAAGACAUGAUCUUUCUUUCACACAAAACAUAAAUUGACCUGUUUAUAUUUAAUAAAAUAACCGAUUAUUCA